AUGACCACAGACCUGACCACAGACCUGACCACAGACAUGACCACAGACAUGACCACAGACCUGACCACAGACAUGACCACAGACCUGACCACAGACAUGACCACAGACAUGACCACAGACCUGACCACUGACCACAGACCUGCCACAGACAUGUCCACAGACAUGACCACAGACAAAACCACUGAUCUGACCACUGAGCAAGAUGCUUGUGUUUGGUCAGUAGAAACGUAUUCCCUGUAUGCUCUGACAGAGACCACAGACACCGUGGUUCCAGAAUGUCCCGUUAUUCCCCUGGGGGAGAGAGUCGACUGUUUCCCUGACGCCGGUGCAUCUAAGCUGGGGUGUCUGCAGAGAGGCUGUUGUUGGAGUCCAUUGGACGAGAGAAACGCUCCAUGGUGCUUCUUCUCCACCAAUCACGGCUACUCUGUGGUGCGCGAGGAGAAACCCAACACCUACAGCUUGUCGGCCCUUCUGAAAAGGAAGGUUGCCCCCUCUCUGUUUGGUGAAGACAUAGAGGAGCUGGCUUUCCAUGUUGACAUGCAGACAGUGAACCGACUGAGAUUCAAGAUCUCAGAUGCCCAUACAGCGAUUUGAGGUUCCC